CUCUCCCACUGUCCCACAUCCACUUUGCAUCGUCUUCCCCAUUCGAAACCCUAAACACCUCAUCUCCCUCUCUCUUUUUCUCUAUCUCCCUCCCUUCUCCGUCAUUGUUGUCUCUGCCGCCAUGGCCGGAAGGGGGAAGGCGCUCGGGGGCGCCGCGGUGGCGAAGAAGGCGGCGUCGAGGAGCAGCAAGGCGGGGCUCCAGUUCCCCGUGGGCCGCAUCGCGCGCUUCCUCAAGGCCGGGAAGUACGCCGAGCGGGUCGGCGCCGGAGCUCCCGUAUACCUCGCUGCCGUCCUUGAGUACCUCGCCGCAGAGGUGCUGGAGUUGGCGGGGAACGCGGCGAGGGACAACAAGAAGGGGCGGAUAGUGCCGCGGCACAUCCAGCUGGCGGUGAGGAACGACGAGGAGCUCUCGAAGUUUCUCGGCGCCGUCACCAUCUCCAGCGGCGGCGUCCUCCCCAACAUCCACAACCUCCUCCUCCCUAAGAAGUCCGGCGGACUCGCCUCCGCCAAAUCCUCCUCCGCCGAUGAUGAUUAAUUCACAUGUAGUUUGAAUCUGAUUUUCUUUUGCUUCUUUGCAGUAUAGUUAGUUUUAUUUGAUCGGUAAAUGAAAUGCUUUUCUUGUAGCAAAUUGACUAGAUUCCGUUCAAUGGAGUAGGCAUUUUUUUUGAA